UGCGGGGAAAACAGGAAUUUUAAUGGCCUUUGUUCGAAAGAGGGGGAUCCCUGCUUUCCACUCCUACUCUAUUUAUUUCUCAACUCCUGGGUAAUUUGGGGUAACACGCUACACUACAUCAAAAUAAUUUUUGGGGGAGUGACUUAAAAAAUUGUGAUCAGACUAAUUAUAUUUUUGGGGUGCUCAAGAGUAGUGGCAAGCAGGGAAAGUGUUGGGGUGAAUUUUUUUGGACAUUAAGUGGGUUCUGUGAGAAGUACAGGAAGGAGGAGUAUUACCCCAAGUUACCCUAAUGGGUAGCUACAUUAUAUUCACUGUGUUUAUGCAAGUUUUUUGGGACAUCAAAUUCAUCAAUAUGAUACUAAUUAGUUAAAAGAUCACAUUUGAAAUCUGGCUAAUGAUUAGCCCAAUAGGUUAAAUGCAGAUGGGCAACCCCAUACCUCAGCCUAUUUAUUUAUAGCCACUAUGCUGCAUCCGUUGGACUACAGGUGAUAAUGCUUCUUGCUAAUAGCAUACCUGGUGAUAUGGACCACGCAUAGGCUAUAUGCAUGGUCCAAUAUGUUAAAAUAAUUUACACAAAUAAUGGAUGUUGUUAAUGGACUCAUUUCUGGAGGUGGAAAUUAUAUUUUAGAUGGUGUCAGCAUAAUUUUAUUUUUUGUUCAUUUUGGAGUAGAAUGUUCUCUAAGAAAGUCACCAGAACCCCCCCCCCCCCCCCCCCCGACCUUUUGCCCCCCCCGACCUUUUGCCCCCACUGCUGCACAUUUUUCCAGAGGAAACACUGUUCUGCAUAUACCUGAGAAAUAGGCGAGUACAUAACCCCUUUCUUUCCUUCUUCUUCUCCUCUCUCGCUCCUCUUCCUCCUCCUCUCCUAUCUCUCCUCCUCUUCCUCCUCCUCUCCUUCCCCUUUUCCUCUCCUCCUCCCCCUCUUCCUCUCCUCUGUUCUCUUCUUCCUCUCCUCUGUUCUCUUCUUCCUCCCCCCUCUUCCUCUCCUCUUCCUCUCCUUCUCCUCCUCUCACGUUCAGCCUCACCUGAACAGUUUGUCAGAUGAGCCAGGUGUGAGUGAUGAGAGGUGUGCGACGGUGAGGAGGUUUCCAGGCUCAGAGAACAGUCCCGGUCCAGGCCUGUACCCCUGGAGACUGAGCACCCCAGAGCAGGGCAACAAGGUAUGUGUUUAUGUACUGUAUAUAUUUUUCUAUUACAAUGUUUGACGAUUCAUGAUAUUCUGUGUGUUUUUAAAUGACAUUGUGAAGCUUAAAAUGCUAAACAAAUGCAAUAAUAAAGCUUUUGUAAUUGUAAGGUGGAUCACUCUGCUCCGCACUACCAGUCAGCCAGCGUCAGCAGCCCCGGCCGGCUAACUACGUCCACAUCCUCAGACCCUGGUAAGGGCACACAGACACACACAGACUUUCGCACGCACGCCACGUGCACACAAGCGCACCCACACACACACAAGCGCACCCACAGACAUGUGCACACACACACACCUCACCAUGUUCUCUUACAGUAUGUCUGGGUCACUUGUUGAAUUGAUUGAGGAUACGACUACAUUCUCUAAAUUAGAAAAUAUCGCUCCUAUUCCAAGCUAUCAGUUAUUCAAACUGUAAGUCGCUCUGGAUAAGAGCGUCUGCUAAAUGACUAAAAUGUAAAUGUAAAUGUAAUUCAAACUACGUAUUUGUCAGUAAUUCAAACGUAUUCAAAGGAAAGAAGGUGUAUCUAAUUGUGCUUGUGGUGUGGAUAUUUUGUAGUAUUCACAUGUAGUGGUUCAAUGCCCUCAGAGAGAAUACUAUACGCUAGAUGUAACCCUCAGAGAAUCCUAUACGCUAGAUAUAACCCUCAGAGAGAAUCCUAUACGCUAGAUGUAACCCUCAGAGAGAAUACUAUAUGCUAGAUAUAACCCUCAGAGAGAAUACUAUAUGCUAGAUAUAACCCUCAGAGAGAAUCCUAUACGCUAGAAAUAACCCUCAGAGAGAAUCCUAUAUGCUAGAUGUAACCCUCAGAGAGAAUACUAUACGCUAGAUAUAACCCUCAGAGAGAAUACUAUACGCUAGAUAUAACCCUCAGAGAGAAUACUAUAUGCUAGAUAUAACCCUCAGAGAGAAUACUAUAUGCUAGAAAUAACCAUCAGAGAGAAUACUAUAUGCUAGAUGUAACCCUCAGAGAGAAUCCUAUAUGCUAGAUGUAACCCUCAGAGAGAAUACUAUAUGCUAGAUGUAACCCUCAGAGAGAAUACUAUAUGCUAGAUGUAACCCUCAGAGAGAAUACUAUAUGCUAGAUGUAACCCUCAGAGAGAAUACUAUAUGCUAGAUGUAACCCUCAGAGAGAAUACUAUAUGCUAGAUAUAACCCUCAGAGAGAAUACUAUAUGCUAGAUGUAACCCUCAGAGAGAAUACUAUAUGCUAGAUAUAACCCUCAGAGAGAAUACUAUAUGCUAGAUGUAACCUUCAGAGAAUCCUAUACGCUAGAAAUAACCCUCAGAGAAUCCUAUACGCUAGAUAUAACCCUCAGAGAAUACUAUAUGCUAGAUAUAACCCUCAGAGAGAAUACUAUAUGCUAGAUAUAACCCUCCGAGAGAAUCCUAUACGCUAGAAAUAACCCUCAGAGAAUCCUAUAUGCUAGAUAUAACCCUCAGAGAGUUAUUUUUUAUUUUAACCCCCUUUUUCUCCCCAAUUUCGUGAUUACGAUCUUGUCUCAUCUCGGCAACUCCCCAACGGGCUCGGGAGAGGCGAAGGUCGAGUCACGCGUCCUCCGAAACAUGACCCGCCAAGCCGCACUUCUUAACACCCGCUUAACCCGGAAGCCAGCUGCACCAAUGUGUCGGAGGAAAACACCGUUCAACUGACGACCGAAGUCAGCCUGCAGGCGGCCGGCCCGCAACACUGCGAUGCAGUGCCUUAGACCACUGCGCCACUCGGGAGUCCCACCCACAGAGAGUUUUAUGCUAGAAUAUAGUCCCAGUCGGUAUUAGAUAGAACAUCGCGGCCCUGCCCCCCUGUGAGGAAAAACAACCUGUGGUUACAUAGGUUACCCCAUUGGCUCACAGAAAAAAAAGUCACCUUUUUCAAACGCCAUUCUCUUGUUUGUCUCCUUGUUUGUCAAUUGCAAAACUACAUUUAAGGAAAGUACAACAUGUCUAAAGAUUACUUUUCAACAUUGCCUUCUCCCGAGCGUUCUCACUACUUAGAAAAAUGUAAUAUUGUAAGGCUUCCUUCAUGGUGUUAGCAGCCACGUGAAUGAGUGCUAGCUACCAACCAACCGGAACAUUAAGCUAGCCAAUACCAACAACACAAACAAACAGACUAUACAGCUACAAGUAGUGAGUGGAGUUACCAACAAACUAUACUAAACAAGUUAAAUGUCUUACCUGUAAUUAAAUGUUUUCCACACACAUACAGUGAGGGGAAAAAAGUAUUUAAUCCCCUGCUGAUUUUGUAAGUUUGCCCACUGACAAAGAAAUGAUCAGUCUAUAAUUUUAAUGGUAGGUUUAUUUGAACAGUGAGAUACAGAAUAACAACAACAAAAAUCCAGAAAAACGCAUGUCAAAGAUGUUAUAAAUUGAUUUGCAUUGAUUUGCAUUCUGGGAGCCAGAAAGAUUUCUGGCUCCCAGGUGUCUUUUAUAGAGGUAACGAGCUGCCUGUAUAAAAGACACCUGUCCACAGAAGCAAUCAAUCAAUCAGAUUCCAAACUCUCCACCAUGGCCAAGACCAAAGAGCUCUCCAAGGAUGUCAGGGACAAGAUUGUAGACCUACACAAGGCUGGAAUGGGCUACAAGACCAUCGCCAAGCAGCUUGGUGAGAAGGUGACAACAGUUGGUGCGAUUAUUCGCAAAUGUUAGAAACACAAAAGAACUGUCAAUCUCCCUCGGCCUGGGGCUCCAUGCAAGAUCUCACCUCGUGGAGUUGCAAUGAUCAUGAGAACGGUGAGGAAUCAGCCCAGAACUACACGGGAGGAUCUUGUCAAUGAUCUCAAGGCAGCUGGGACCAUAGUCACCAAGAAAACAAUUGGUAACACACUACACCGUGAAGGACUGAAAUCCUGCAGCGCCCGCAAGGUCCCCCUGCUCAAGAAAGCACAUAUACAGGCCCGUCUGAAAUUUGCCAAUGAACAUCUGAAUGAUUCAGAGGAGAACUGGGUGAAAGUGUUGUGGUCAGAUGAGACCAAAAUCGAGCUCUUUGGCAUCAACUCAACUCGCCGUGUUUGGAGGAGGAGGAAUGCUGCCUAUGACCCCAAGAACACCAUCCCCACCGUCAAACAUGGAGGUGGAAACAUUAUGCUUUGGGGGUGUUUUUCUGCUAAGGGGACAGGACAACUUCACCGCAUCAAAGGGACGAUGGACGGGGCCAUGUACCGUCAAAUCUUGGGUGAGAACCUCCUUCCCUCAGCCAGGGCAUUGAAAAUGGGUUGUGGAUGAGUAUUCCAGCAUGACAAUGACCCAAAACACACGGCCAAGGCAACAAAGGAGUGGCUCAAGAAGAAGCACAUUAAGGUCCUGGAGUGGCCUAGCCAGUCUCCAGACCUUAAUCCCAUAGAAAAUCUGUGGAGGGAGCUGAAGGUUCGAGUUGCCAAACGUCAGGCUCGAAACCUUAAUGACUUGGAGAAGAUCUGCAAAGAGGAGUGGGACAAAAUCCCUCUUGAGAUGUGUGCAAACCUGGUGGCCAACUACAAGAAACGUCUGACCUCUGUGAUUGCCAACAAGGGUUUUGCCACCAAGUACUAUGUCAUGUUUUGCAGAGGGGUCAAAUACUUAUUUCCCUCAUUAAAAUGCAAAUCAAUUUAUAACAUUUUUGACAUUUGUUUUUCUGGAUUUAUUUGUUGUUAUUCUGUCUCUCACUGUUCAAAUAAACCUACCAUUAAAAUUAUAGACUGAUCAUGUCUUUGUCAGUGGGCAAACGUACAAAAUCAGCAGGGGAUCAAAUACUGUAGCUACGUGUAGCCUGCCUGGACACCGGGUCCCCACUUUCCCACUUUCCCACGCUGAAUAGCCGGAAGUCACAGGGCUCUUCCCUCAGGCUCUAUUUCCCUACGUGUGAGCAUUGCGAACCGUAGGUCAGGAUUUUUGACCUGGUUACAUGUACAUUGAACAACGCCGCAGCUUUUCGGCAUGUUUUGUUAUUUCUAUAUAACAAAAAAUCGACUAUGAAUUUGGCUCUUUUACAAUGGGGGUCAAUAGGAAAGAAUGUUUGUUUUCCCCAAUUUGUGGGCGUGGUCGAGGGGAAUUCCUUACUAUUACAUGAAUAUCGACCCGGGAGUAUAACCCUCAGAGAGAGUUCUAUGCUAGAUUAUAAACUGGGUGGUUCGAGCCCAGAAUGCUGAUUGGCUGACAGCCGUGGUAUAUCAGACCGUAAACAACGGGUAUGACGAAUCAAUUACUUUAACUGCUCUAAUUACAUUGGUAACCAGUUUAUAAUAGCAGUAAGGCACCUCGGGGGUUUGUGCUAUAUGGCCAAAAUACCUUGGCUAAGGGCUGUAUCCCUAAGAACAGCCCUUAGCCGUGGUAUAUUGGCCAUAUACCACACCCCCUCGAGCGUUAUUGCUUAAAUAUAACCCUCAAAGAGAGUUCUAUGCUAGAAUAUAACCCCCAGAGAGAGUUCUAUGCUAGAAUAUAACCCCCAAAGAGAGUUAUAUGCUAGAAUAUAACCCCCAAAGAGAGUUCUAUGCUAGAAUAUAACCCCCAAAGAGAGUUCUAUGCUAGAAUAUAACCCCCAGAGAGAGUUCUAUGCUAGAAUAUAACCCCCAAAGAGAGUUCUAUGCUAGAAUAUAACCCCCAAAGAGAGUUCUAUGCUAGAAUAUAACCCCCAGAGAGAGUUCUAUGCUAGAAUAUAACCCCCAAAGAGAGUUCUAUGCUAGAAUAUAACCCUCCACUCCCCCCCCCCCCCCCCCCCCCCGCUUGCGAUGAUGAUGAUGAUAUAUGGUUGUUUUACCUACUUUAGUUCAACGCACUGAUUGUAAGAAUAAGAGCGUGAAAUGCACCGAUUGUGACUCUGGAUAAGGACUCAAAUGGAAAUGUAACUUCUGUCUUUCACCAGAUCCUGAUGACUCUGAUGGGAGUGCGAACGGGGACAGUCCCAAUAAUCCUCCCAGCCAACCACACAGGACGGAGAAGAAAGAAUAUCAUGUGAGGACUUCUUCUACAUUUUGUUACGUUACAGCCUCAUUCUGAAAUGGAUUAAAUUGAUUUUUUUUUCUCCUAAUCCAUCUACACACAAUACCCCAUAAUGACAAAGCAAAAAACUGGUUUUUAGACAUUUUUGCAAAUGUAUUAAAAAUAAGAAACUGAUAUCACAUUUAUGUAAGUAUUCAGAUCUAUUCAGUACUUUGUUGAAGCACUUUUGGAAGCGAUUACAGCCUCAAGUCUUCUAAGGUAUGACGCUACAAGCUUGGCACACCUGUAUUUGGGGAGUUUCUCCCAUUCUUCUCUGCAGAUCCUCUCAAGCUCUGUCAGGUUGGAUGGGGAGCGUCGCUGCACAGCUAUUUUCAGGUCUCUCCAGAGAUGUUCGAUCGGGUUCAAGUCCGGGCUCUGGCUGGGCCACUCAAGGACAUUCAGAGACUUGUCCUGAAGCCACUCCUGCGUUGUCUUGGCUGUGUGCUUAGGGUCGUUGUCCUGUUGGAAGGUGAACCUUCGCCCCAGUCUGAGGUCCUGAGAGCUCUGGAGCAGGUUUUCAUCAAGGAUCUCUCUGUACUUUGCUCCAUUCAUCUUUCCCUCGAUCCUGACUAGUCUCCUAGUCCCUGCCGCUGAAAAACAUCCCCACAGCAUGAUGCUGCCAUCACCACGCUUCACCGUAGGGAUGGUGUCAGGUUUCCUCCAGACGUGACGCUUGGCAUUCAGGCCAAAGAGUUCAAUCUUGGUUUCAUCAGACCAGAGAAUCUUGUUUCUCAUGGUCUGAGAGUAAUUUGGGUGCCUUUUGGCAAACUCCAAGCGGGCUGUCAUGUGCCUUUUACUGAGGAGUGGCUUCCGUCUGGCCACUCUACCAUAAAGGCCUGAUUGGUGGAAUGCUGCAGAGAUGGUUGUCCUUCUGGAAGUUUCUCCCAUAUCCACAGAGGAACUCUGGAGCUCUGUCAGAGUGACUAUCGGGUUCUUGGUCACCUCCCUGACCAAGGCCCUUCUACCCCUAUUGCUCAGUUUGGCCGGGCGGCCAGCUCUAGGAAGAGUCUUGGUGGUUCCAAACUUCUUCCAUUUAAGAAUGAUGGAGGCCACUGUGUUCUUGGGGACAUUCAAUGCUGCACAAAUUUUUUGGUACCCUUCCCCAGAUCUGUGCCUCGACACAUUCCUGUCUCGGAGCUGCGCUUAUGGACUGCCCUCUUCAAUGGGUUUCAAGUCAGGAAACUGAGAUGGCCAUUAGAAAAUAUUGAUUUUGUGGCAAAUUAACAAUUUCUUUUUAGAUGUUAAUGUGUGCUUGGGGUUAUUGUCUUGCUGGAAGAUCCACUUGCAGACCCAUUUCAGCCUCUUGGCAGAUGCAACAAGGUUUUUGGCUAAAAUGUCCUGGUACUGGGUAAAGUUCAUGAUACCGUUGACCAUAACAAGCGUCCCAGGACCAGUGGAAGGAAAAUAGCCCCAUAACAUCAAAGAUCCAGCACCAUAUUUUACAGUCGGUUUGGGGUUCUUUUCUGCUUAUGCGUUCUCAUUCCGACGCCAAACCCACCACUGGUGUGCUCGGCCAAAGAGGUCUAUUUUUAUGUCAUCUGAUCAAAGCACCAGUUACAAUCCAAGUGUCAAUGCCGUUUAGCAAACUACAGGCGUUUUUACAUUUGUUGGAUUGACAUGAAAAUAAAGCUCUUUGGCCGAGCACACCAGUGGUGGAUUUGGCGUCGAAAUGAGAAUGCAUAAGCAGAAAAGAACCCCAAACCGACUGUCAAAAAUGGUGCUGGAUCUUGUUGAAAGGGAGAGAAGAGAAUAUGAUAACAUAAUGACACUGAAUCUGCAUGCCAAAUGGUACCCUAUUCCCUAUAUAGUGCACUACUUUUGAACAGGGCUUAUAGGGAUCGGAAAUAGGGUGUCAUUUGUGACGCAGACAAUGAAAGGGUGCUUGAAGUCAACAGUCAAUCGUAUAGAAAUGAAAAGGGGCCCAGCGCUAGGCUUGGCAAACCGUCUCCCGUCAACACAGUAUGUAGUGUUUUACUUUGUGUGUCCUCCACUCCUCAUCCAGUCUGAUGUGUGGCUGUUUGUUUCUCCUCAGAAACCAGCUAUCAACGGCCUGCCGCCCACACCUAAAGUCCUGGUGAGUGGCCCGUCUCCACGAUUCUUGAAACUCCGUCCCAAAUGGCACCCCCCAUUCCCUUCAUAGUGCACUACUUUUGACCAGGGUCAUAUGGGCCCUGGUCAAAAGUAGUGCACUAAAUGGGGGAAUGGGGGGUGCCAUUUGGGACGGUAACUGUAUCUAUCAGACUGUGUCUAUUGUCCCUGUGUACCUCCGCUGUCCCCCCCAGCAGGACACAUUCCUGUUGGAUCUGGAAGACUCUGUGAUGCGUAAACAAUAUGAUGAAUGUAUAUAUUGUUUGUGGUUAGACUGGACUGGGCUGAUCCCGUGUAGCUCAGUUGGUAGAGCAUGGCGCUUGCGACGCCAGGGUUGUGGGUUCGAUUCCCACAGGGGGACCAGUAUGGGAGAAAUAAAUAAAAAAGUAUGAACAUGUAUCACUACUGUAAGUCGCUCUGGAUAAGAGCGUCUGUUAAAUGACUCAAAUGUAAAUGAAACUGUCAUAACACUGUCUGUGAACUGUCAUAGUAACAGUGGACUCUGGACUGUCAUAGUAACAGUGGACUCUGGACUGUCUCUGAACUGUCAUAGUAACAGUGGACUCUGGACUGUCAUAAUAACAGUGGACUCUGGACUGUCAUAAUAACAGUGGACUCUGGACUGUCAUAAUAACAGUGGACUCUGGACUGUCAUAUAACAGUGGACUCUGGACUGUCAUAGUAACAGUGGACUCUGGACUGUCAUAGUAACAGUGGACUCUGGACUGUCAUAGUAACAGUGGACUCUGGACUGUCAUAGUAACAGUGGACUCUGGACUGUCCAUAGUAACAGUGGACUCUGGACUGUCAUAGUAACAGUGGACUCUGGACUGUCAUAGUAACAGUGGACUCUGGACUGUCUGAACUGUCAUAGUAACAGUGGACUCUGGACUGUCAUAGUAACAGUGGACUCUGGACUGUCUGAACUGUCAUAGUAACAGUGGACUCUGAACUGUCAUAGUAACAGUGGACUCUGAACUGUCAUAGUAACAGUGGACUCUGGACUGUCAUAAUAACAGUGGACUCUGGACUGUCUGAACUGUCAUAGUAACAGUGGACUCUGAACUGUCAUAGUAACAGUGGACUCUGAACUGUCAUAGUAACAGUGGACUCUGAACUGUCAUAGUAACAGUGGACUCUGGACUGUCAUAAUAACAGUGGACUCUGGAUCCAACCGUGCUUGUGGUCAUGCUCUAGUUUUUGUGGUCAUGUGUGUGUAUUGUGGUUAUCCAUCUCUCAAAUUCACUUUAAAAUACCCUGGCUGACAUUUUAAACAUGAUCCAUCUAAAGACGAUACUUAAGCGGAUAGUUCACAAUUGUCUUUCUCCAAAAUAAACAUAUUUAGUUUCCUUACCCUGGGAGCAGUCUGUGGACAAGGAGAUAUUGCAAUCCAGGUUUUGGGUUUGGGUUUGUUUGCGUUCUCAUUUGGUCUCUAUAUUCUAUCUAUAGAUGGGAGCCUGUUUCUCCAAGGUGUUUGAUGGCUGCCCACUGAAAAUCAACUGUGCCACGUCAUGGAUACACCCUGAUACCAAAGGUAACACAAAAACACACAAAAACACACACACAAACUACUGUACACACACACACACAACGUUCAUCUAUUCAAUUUGUUUCUACUGUUUUUCAGACCAGUACCUUAUAUUUGGGACUGAGGAUGGGAUCUAUACCCUCAACCUGAAUGAGCUGCAUGAAGCCACCAUGGAGCAGGUAGGAACACAUGGGGCUCUCUGGGAUGACCUGGGUCUCUCCAGGAGUAGGACUCAGGAUCACUGCUUUCAAGCACUAAUAUAAUGAGGACUGAUAUAAUAUAAUUUGUUUUUUGUUGUCAUUUAGCAGACGCUCUUAUCCAGAGCGACUUACAGGAGCAAUUAGGGUUAAGUGCUUUGCUCAAGGGCACAUCAACAGAUUUUUCACCUAGUCGGCUCGGGGAUUAGAACCAGCGACCUUUCGGUUACUGGCACAACGCUCUUAACCACUAAGCUACCUGCCGCCCUGCUGUUGUCCUCUGUAUCCAUAAAGUAAUGUAUGUCUUCAUUGUCUCAUGUUCCCCCCCCCCUCUAGCUGUUCCCCAGGAAGUGCACCUGGCUCUACAUCAUCAAUAACAACCUGAUGUCUCUGUCAGGUGAGUCCGUAGGCAGGGCAUAACAUUUACUUUUUUGGUCCACCAGCCACUGUAGCAGGUAGAUUUAAAAAUCUACCAGCCACUCAGCUUUUUACCAGAUAAAAUAUUUUCCCCCACACUAAAAUACGAAAAAAACGGAUGAGCAUGUUUUGUAAUGUUUCUAAAACAAUACAUGUAUUACUAGUAAGAAGUAACGUGGUAUAUUGUUUAAUUUCAUUUUUUGUGACCCGAGUCUUUUAACCAAAAUGUCACAGAGGAGACAAAAAAAUGUUCACGCGGGGCGGGCGGUUACCGUGGUAACGCGGCUUGUCAUGUUUGUGCCAGUGAGAUUGAGUCUGACCAGUGGCGGCGUUGUCGUCUCUUCCCUGGCAGUUGAAACUCAAAACAUUUGAAAAACAACCUAGCUUGUGAACAAAACUAUGUAAAUAGCCAAGAAACACGAGGACAAAGUUUCACUUCAGUACACUUUAGUUUGAAGUAAUUUAGACCAACUUUUAUGUGCCUGUGUUGCAGCGCGAAGUGACAUAUGUUAUAUAGGAUUCGUAGCUCUUUUGACUUUGUGCGAUUAAUUUACCAGCUAUGAAACAAAAUGGCAGAAAUACUUUGAAAAUUAGCGACUGCAGCAUUUAUUUAACUAUAAAUGUGAUCAUACUUGACUAUUUUUAUUCACAAAUGCAAGUGAAAUUGCUCGCACUGUGGAGCCCUGACCACCCGCCAAUGUGGCAGGUGAAAUAGACAUCAAAUCUACCCGCAGGUGUUAAUUGUAGGCCCUGUCAGUAAGACAGAUACAGGUAACAUAUCUAUUCUACAGCAGCCAGAAAGCUCUGGUAAUCCACAUCAUAUCUAUUCUACAGCAGUCAGAAAUAGAAGGUUGUUCAAAAGCUACUGGCGACAACUUCCAUGAAGGGUAUCGAUAGUUUUGUGGUGAGUCAUGAAUGACUUUGAAUGUCUUUAUGGCCUGCAAUUGUAUGUAAAAGAGACCCAGAUUAUAUGGACGGCCCGGUGGAAUAGAUACCAGUUUGUCUAAAAGCUAUUGGAGGACAAACCUCUACACAACACGUGGUCCUCUGUAGCUCAGCUGGUAGAGCACUGCGCUUGUAACGCCAAGGUAGUGGGUUCGAUCCCCGGGACCACCCAUACUAAAUAAAAUAAAAUAAAAUGUAUGCACGCAUGACUGUAAAUCGCUUCGGAUAAAAGCGUCUGCUAAAUGGCAUAUUUAUUUAUUUUAUUUAUUUACAACACACACACAGUGAGUCAUGAAUAACACUUCUGUCUUUUACGGCCUGCUGUAUGGAAUAGAGAAAGAGAGCAUCGACCAGACCAGUGGUAGUAAAACACCUGCUUACAGGAGCAAUGUAGAUCGUUUUGAGAGAGAAGAAGUGAAAGAAGAACAACUCUGAUUGUAGCUAGAUGACGCAUGUCCCAAUUUCGUGUAGCUUUUAUCUGCACAGUGUGUUACUGUACAAGCUGUGUGUUAACCACUUGGGGUGUUGGAAUUUCUAUGUUGUGAGAAAGCGAAAGUAAGCAUUUCUUACUUAUUGGAAGUUAAUACUAGGAGUACGUCCCAAUCACAUCUCCUUUCUCAUGAAGUGUGCAGUCGUUCACUACUUUCCACAAAUCUAAAAGCGUUGUAUUGGUGGAGGCGCGGGUCUAGUGGGUGUUUCCACCAUAUUUCUUUAUGCCAGUCAUUUCAUUCCAAAUCGGUGAAGGGAAGUGAACACUUUGGGAGGAAGGAGAGAUGGGAUAUAGCCUAGGUACAGUUCAGUGUGAUGAGUAGGGCCCUAUGCCCCGGCUCAGAGGAUAUCUAAUCUCUGCUUUCUUCUCCUCUCCUCCUCUUGGACUCUGUCCCUCCUCCUCUCUCCUCUCCUCUCCUCCCCACUCCUCUCCUCUGGUCUGACUUGAUUUGGUAUUCUACUAACCGUCUUCAUCAGAAGGUAAUCAUCACAUUCACAAAUCAUCAUCAUCAUCAUCAUCAUCAUCACAGUCACACCUCUGUAUUGUAUUCCACCCUUAUUCACCCCUGACCAGGGUUACAACAUUUUGGUAACUGUCCCAAAAUACCUAGGUUUUCCUGAAAUCCUGUUUAGAAUAUUCCUAGAAUCAGGAUGGAAUAAAGCAGGAAAUCCAGGAUUUCUGGAAAACCAGGGAAUGUUGCAUCCCUAGCCCUUAACCUUUUCAACAUCAAGCUAACUCCAUCCAGCACAUGCCUGUAUGUUCAGAUAAAAGUUAACAUAAUAUCAUAUAGCUCCUUAAAACUAAUUUGCUGUUGAUGAUGAAUACAUCUACACUAAUAAUAAUAAUCGUGUUUCUGCCAUACAGCCUCUUUCCAUCUAGUUUCCCUUUAAUCUAUCUCAGUGUUGGCUUUUGUUUGUUCAACUAUACAGGAAUGUCUUGGGGAAAUGUCAUGACACUGUAAGAGAUGUGGCCCCAGAAAGGGCAUCAUGUCUACGUCCUAAAAGUAGCACCCUAUUCCCUAUGGGCCCUGGUCAAAAGUAGUGCACUAUAUAGAAUAGGGUGCCACACAUCCCUCUUUUUCCUAUAAUGUGAUCAUGUUUGAUAUGUGAUCACAGGGAAGACCUUCCAGCUCUACUCACACAACCUGAUUGGGCUGUUUGAGCAGCUGAAGAAGCCUGGCCUGGCCUCUCAGUUCCAGACACACCGCUUCCCAGACAAGAUCUUACCACGGUGACACACACACCACACACACACACACACACACACACACACACACACACCGCCUUCCCAGACAAAGAUCUUACCACGGUGCACCACACACACAAACACACACACACACACACACACACCACACACACACUGUUUCGCAGACAAGAUCUCACCCAAGUGAGAGACACACAGGGGGUCUAUUAUAUUGCCCUCAACAGAGGGCACCAGUGUCGUGUUCAGUAGGCAUGAAACAGAAGAAAACAGCGAGAAAUGGGGAGAUACUAUCUGAACUUGUACAAUAAGAAACUUCAGUUUCAAAAGAUUUUUCUACGGUGUGGCCUGCUGGACAGGACCCAGGCUGUAUGACUGUGUUGACCCAGGCUGACAUUACACUAUAUGACUGUGUUGACCCAGGCUGACAUUACACUAUAUGACUGUGUUGACCCAGCUGCAAUUACACUAUAUACUUUGUUGAACCCAGGUGCAUUAAGAUAUGACUGUGUUACCAGGCUUAUUGACUGUGUUGACCCAGGCUGACUGUUUUCUCCCUGCAGGAGGUUUUCCUUGACAACUAAGAUCCCUGACACAAAGGGCUGUCACAAGUGCUGCAUUGGUGAGUUCUCCCCCCCCCCCCCCCCCAAACCACGGUGUGUUCUAUUAACUAUAGCUAGCUUCCAGGCCUCUCACCAUCACUGCUUUACCUCAGCUGCAUUCUACUACCUGUGGUUAGUUGAGUUGGUCCUGGACAGAGAAAAUAUAAAGUCCUGUACUUUGACAUACCUUGACUUCUCUCUCUUUGUCGGUUUCUCUCUCUCUCUCUCUCUCUCUCUCUCUCUCGCUCUCUGCUCUCUCUCUCUUUCUCUCUCUCUCUCUCUCUCUCUCUCUCUCUCUCUCUCUCGGUUUCUUUCUCCCCCCACAGUGAGGAACCCCUAUACGGGCCAUAAGUACCUGUGUGGAGCGCUCCAGUCUGGGAUAGUCCUGCUACAGUGGUACGAGCCCAUGCAGAGGUUCAUGCUCAUCAAGGUCAGUCCUUCGUCUGUACUAAACAAAAAUAUAAACGCAACAUGUAAAGUUGUUGGUCCCAUGUUUCAUGACCUGAAAUUAAAUACAUUUUCCAUACGCACAAAAAGCGUAUUUCUCUAAAAUGCUGUGCACAAAUUUGUUUACAUCCCUGUUGGUGAGCAUUUCUCCUUUGCCAAGAUAAUCCAUCCACCUGACAGGUAUCAAGAAGCUGAUUAACCUCUACGGGAUCGGUGUCCCGUAUACGGGACGGUUGAGCUAACGUGCGCUAAUGUGAUUAGCAUGACUGUUGUAAGUAACAGCAAACUUUCCAGGACAUAGACAUGUCUUAUAUGGGCAGAAAUCUUAAAUUAAUGUUAAUCUAACUGCACUGUCCAAUUUACAGCAGCUAUUACAGUUAAAAGAUACAAUGCUAUUGUUUGAGGAGAAUGCACAACAACAAAAAACUUAUCACGGCAACUGGUUUGAUACAUUCACCUCUGAAGGUAAAUCAUGUACUUAUAUUCAAUAAUCUUGCUCUGAUUUGUCAUCCUGAGGGUCCCAGAGAUCAAAUGUAGCAUAGUUAUGUUUGAUAAAAUCCAUUUUUAUAUUCAAAUGUAGGAACUGGGUUCUACAGUAUGAACCCUUGCUGUCUCUGGCUCCACACACACCCCGCCCGGCCAUCUAGAUGUGUGAAAGUUAGUCUCCCAGGAAUGUCAUACAUGAUGAAUCAUUAGCUUAUACUGUGUAAACUUAAAUGUUUUAUUACCAUAUAAUUUUAGUAUGUUCUAUAUAGUUAUGUACUUGAAAAUGUAUAAAUUGACCAAUUCGUCACAUUUGGGCAGACUUGAUACAAAAUAGUCCAGUAUCGCAAUGCUUCACUGGAUCAAUCUAGUGGCCAAAAUCGAAAUUGCGCCUAAGCUGCAAUACUAUAUUGUGGCCUUUCUCUUGCAUUUCAAAGAUGAUGAAAGAAAAUGAGAAAAUGCAUGUUUUUUUGUUUGUAUUAUAUUUUACCAGAUCUAAUGUGUUAUAUUCUCCUACAUUAGUUUCACAUUUCCACAAACUUCAAAGUGUUUCCUUUCAAAUGGUAUCAACAGUAUGCAUAUCCUUGCUUCAGGUCCUGAGCUACAGGCCGUUAGAUUUGGGUAUGUCAUUUUAGGCGAAAAUUGAAAAAAAAGGGUCCGAUCCUUAAGAGGUUUUAAACCGCAUGAUCCUUACACAGGGCACCUUGUGCUGUGGACAAUAAAAUGCCACUCUAAAAUGUGCAGUUUUGUCACACAACACAAUGCCACAGAUGUCUCAAGUUUUGAGGGAGCGUGCAAUUGGCAUGCUGACUGCAGGAAUGUCCACCAGAGCUGUUGGCAGAGAAUUUAAUGUUCAUUUCUCUACCAUAAGCCGCUUCCAACGUCGUUUUAGGGAAUUUGGCAGAACGUCCAACCGGCCUCACAACCGCAAACCACGUGUAACCACGCCAGCCCAGGACCUCCACAUCCGGCUUCUUCACCUGCGGGUUCGUCUGAGACCAGCCACCUGGACAGCUGAUGAAACUGUGGGUUUGAACAACCGAAGAAUUUCUGCACAAUCUGUUAGAAACCGUCUCAUGGAAGCUCAUCUGCGUGCUCGUCGUCCUCACCAGGGUCUUGACCUGACUGCAGUUCAGCGUCGAAACCGACUUCAGUGGGCAAAUGCUCACCUUCGAUGACCACUGGCAUGCUGGAGAAGUGUGCUCUUCACAGAUGAAUCCCGGUUUCAACUGUACCGGGUAGAUGGCAGUUUGCUGAUGUCAACAUUGUGAACAGAGUGCCCCAUGAUGGCAAUGGGGUUAUGGUCUGGGCAGGGCAGGCAUAAGCUACAGACAACAAACACAAUUGCAUUUUAUCGAUGGCAAUUUAAAUACCGUGACGAGAUCCUGAGGCCCAUUGUCGUGCCAUUCAUCCGCCGCCAUCACCUCAUUUUUCAGCAUGACAAUGCACGGCCCCAUAUCGCAAGGAUCUGUACACAAUUCCUGUAAGCUGGAAAUGGCCUGCAUACUCAGACAUGUCACCCAUUGAACAAGUUUGGGAUGCCCUGGAUCGACAUGUACGACAGCGUGUCCAAAUCUUUGAAAUUGUUGCAUGUUGCGUUUAUAUUUUUGUUCAGUGUAGUUUGUCCCACUGGGUACAAAAUGUUAUGUUAGAUGGACUGGAGGAUCAGCAUGACAAAUCAUGAAGCAUUCAUCUUAAUUCAUUUUCAUUUUUUAGAAAUGUUAGAUUUUCUGCAUCCAACAACAUGCAUCGUUUACUUGUUUACCAUGCUAAAACAGACAUCAUUUUCUAUACCUGUUUUUUUAUGAUAAUGGACCAUUGUGAUGCAAGGCACAUUUCUGUGCAAGCAGACAAAGUAUCAUCUCAUCUCUUUAGUAGGACCCACUUUACCUCUUCAGCAUUACUUCCAGAGAGCCUCAUCCCCCUCUCUCUCUCCCUCUCCCCCUCCUCUCUCUCCUCCUUCCUCGAACUACCCGUAACUAGAAGAACACCCCACAGCAUGCACAACUCACCACGUCCGCACCUAACUAGAGCUCAUGCAACCACAUACAUACUUCACUACUCUCUACCAACUACAGACCUAGUACAUGAUGACCCUACAGCACGAUCCUCGUGACCCUAUGACCCGCAUCUCAUCCUAUCCACACACACUCUAGACUCAACGAGAUCGCCUCAGUCUUUCUCCUCAGCUAUACGCAUCCGCUCACAUCGCAAGACUCUUCGAACGUGCCGAUCCUCUACUACUCUUCUCUGACUGCAUCCUCAAAUCAUCUACCCCUCGCUAGUCUCAUUCUCUCUCUCUCUCUUAUCCCUACUCUCUCCUCCUUUCACUCUCUAUCUACCCCUCUACUCUCUCGCAUCUCUCUCGUCUCUCUCUCUCACUCCUCUCUCUCCUCUUCUCCCUCCCUGUCCUCCCACCUCAGUUUAGAUUUAUCUUCCGACAUCUCCCUGUUUUAUCUCUCCUGCUCAUCUCCUCGCCCUCCUCUCUCCUCUCUCUCUCCUCUCUCCUCUCCUCUCUCUCUCCUCUCUCCUCUCUCUCUUCUGUCCCUCAGCACUUUGACUUCCCCCUGCCCAGCCCUCUGAAGGUGUUUGAGAUGUUAGUGGUUCCAGAGCAGGAGUACCCCAUGGUGUGUGUAUCCAUCAGCCAGGCCACGGAGCCAGGCCAGGUGGUCCGCUUUGAGACCAUCAACCUCAACUCCUGCUCCUCCUGGUUCACUGAGAUGGGCUCAAGUAAGGAAUUCACACACACACCACACACACUAACACUACUCCAGGGGUAGGCAACCCUGUAGUGAUGCGCGGUGGCAAUUGACGAGACGAUAUCUGACUAAAUAGAUCCAGAAACAACUAAAUGAAAAUAAUGUUUUGUUUCAGUUGACAAAAAGUAGACGAAAUGUGACUAGUAAAUAGACUGGACAAGAGUCUUUGGAGAGAUUGACAUCUUAUUUGUUUGGUCAAAUCAAAGCAUGCAUAACAUUAGCAGAAUUGCAAGGUGUUUACCAGCAUCUGAUAAUUAUCUGUACAAAACAGUUAAUCUGAUAAUACUUGUGGAAUAUAAAAAAAUACUUGCUUGAUAUAUGUUUUCCAGUUUCUUGAAAUACUUGGCAAAUGCAACUUAUUUCUAUGUGAAAACCAAAAUGGUCUAUUCAUUCCUUUUCAAUUUUAGUAGACGCUCUUAUCUAGAGCAACUUACAUAUAUCUUCAUACUUUUCGUACUGGUCCCCGUGGGAAUUCGAACCCACAACCUUAGCAUUGCAAGCACCAUGCACUAUGAUCAUCAUGACGACCCCACUUGAUGUCUCAAUGUGCUCAAUUACUGUAUUUUGCAUUGUUUUUCUUCAUGGUGAUUGAAAGUCUACAGGUACAAACCUAGAUGACCAGCAUAUGUACAAUACAGUAAUGUACAUUUACAUUAAGUGGUUUGUAAGGAUGGUAAAUUUAAUACUGCACAAAAAGGGGUUGUUUUCCGUGUUAUUUGAUCAAGAAAAAUAUUUUAUUUUGUGUCUUUGCCCGUAACGUUGCACCUUUUGACGUACAUGUUUGAGGACAGGGUUUUGUUCUUUCUGGAUUCCAUUAGAAUGAUAAUCCCAGAGAAAGGGACAUGGCAACAACUCUUACAGAAAGGGACAUGGCAACAACUCUUACAGAAAGGGACAUGGCAACAACUCUUACAGAAAGGGACAUGGCAACAACUCUUACAGAAAGGGACAUGGCAACAACUCUUACAGAAAGGGACAUGGCAACAACUCUUACAAUUCCAACUAUUGAAUCCUGCGAGAUACUGUUCUUAAUUAUACAACUUCCUUUUUUGCCAAAGCGGAGAUGCUGAAAAAAAUGUUUUUCCUACGCUACAGACGUCUAUAUUGGUCUGCUAAUACUAGUAAAGGCCCAGUGCACUACUUUUGAGAAAAAAAUCAUAUAUACAAUUUUUUAAAAUCAUAUUACUUCUCUCGGCUAUGGCUGGGGCCUGGUGCUGUGAUGAGCGAGCCAUUCUCGCUCCCUCUCCCCAGAUGUAUGCUCCGGGAGAGAGAAAAAAGCCUUAUGAUUGUAUAACAUUUCAAAAUCCAAUUGCGGGAAAUACAUUUACAUUUUUUACAUUUUAGUCAUUUAGCAGACGCUCUUAUCCAGAGCGACUUACAUGAGCAAUUAGGGUUAAGUGCCUUGCUCAAGGGCACAAUCGACAGAUUUUUCCACCUAGUCGGCUCGGGGAUUAGAACCAGCGUUCGGUUACUGGCACAACGCUCUUAACCGCUAAGCCACCUGCCGCCCCCCAUACAUUGCUUUGGAAGCAACUACUGUUGCUCUCAGCUUUCUGUGGGUAUAACUUAAUUGUCAUCGCUUAAUAUUGAGCUCAAUAGCAACUAUUUUACAACCAAGAUAUUUGAUAUGGCUUUAAGAUACGAAGCGCGCAAGUUCAGGCUACAACUACAGCGUUUAUUUAGGACAUUAAAUUAACUCGUAGAUUAAUAAAUGACUGCUGGCAGUUGGGUAUUAUAUUUAGAGUUAGUGAUCUAGCUAAUGUGUUUUGAGUUUCCACUUCCUCGGGUGGUAAAAUAGCACCCAAAAUACAUUAGCCUAUGGUAUUAGCGCACAUACAGUGAGGGAAAAAAGUAUUUGAUCCCCUGCUGAUUUUUUACGUUUGCACACUGACAAAGAAAUGAUCAGUCUAUCAUUUUAAUGGUAGGUUUAUUUGAACAGUGAGAGACAGAAUAACAACAAAAAAAUCCAGAAAAACGCAUGUCAAAAAUGUUAUAAAUUUAUUUGCAUUUUAUUGAGGGAAAUAAAUAUUUGACCCCUCUGCAAAACAUGACUUAGUACUUGGUGGCAAAACCCUUGUUGGCAAUCACAGAGGUCAGACGUUUCUUGUAGUUGGCCACCAGGUUUGCACACAUCUCAGGAGGGAUUUUGUCCCACUAUUCUUUGCAGAUCUUCUCCAAGUCAUUAAGGUUUCGAGGCUGAUGUUUGGCAACUCGAACCUUCAGCUCCCUCCACAGAUUUUCUAUGGGAUUAAGGUCUGGAGACUGGCUAGGCCACUCCAGGACCUUAAUGUGCUUCUUCUUGAGCCACUCCUUUGUUGCCUUGGCCGUGUGUUUUGGGUCAUUGUCAUGCUGGAAUACCCAUCCACGACCCAUUUUCAAUGCCCUGGCUGAGGGAAGGAGGUUCUCACCCAAGAUUUGACGGUACAUGGCCCUGUCCAUCGUCCCUUUGAUGCGGUGAAGUUGUCCUGUCCCCUUAGCAGAAAAACACCCCCAAAGCAUAAUGUUUCCACCUCCAUGUUUGACGGUGGGGAUGGUGUUCUUGGGGUCAUAGGCAGCAUUCCUCCUCCUCCAAACACGGCGAGUUGAGUUGAUGCCAAAGAGCUCAAUUUUGGUCUCAUCUGACCACAACACUUUCACCCAGUUCUCCUCUGAAUCAUUCAGAUGUUCAUUGGCAAACUUCAGACAGGCGUGUAUAUGUGCUUUCUUGAGCAGGGGGACCUUGCGGGCUCAGCAGGAUUUCAGUCCUUCACGGCGUAGUGUGUUAGCAAUUGUUUUCUUGGUGACUAUGGUCCCAGCUGCCUUGAGAUCAUUGACAAGAUCCUCCCGUGUAGUUCUGGGCUGAUUCCUCACCGUUCUCAUGAUCAUUGCAACUCCACGAGGUGAGAUCUUGCAUGGAGCCCCAGGCCGAGGGAGAUUGACAGUUAUUUUGUGUUUCUAACAUUUGCGAAUAAUCGCACCAACUGUUGUCACCUUCUCACCAAGCUGCUUGGCGAUGGUCUUGUAGCCCAUUCCAGCCUUGUGUAGGUCUACAAUCAUGUCCCUGACAUCCUUGGAGAGCUCUUUGGUCUUGGCCAUGGUGGAGAGUUUGGAAUCUGAUUGAUUGAUUGCUUCUGUGGACAGGUGUCUUUUAUACAGGUAACAAACUGAGAUUAGGAGCACUCCCUUUAAGAGUGUGCUCCUAAUCUCAGUUUGUUACCUGUAUAAAAGACACCUGGGAGCCAGAAAUCUUUCUGAUUGAGAGGGGGUCAAAUACUUAUUUCCCUCAUUAAAAUGCAAAUCAAUUUAUAACAUUUUUGACAUGCGUUUUUCUGGAUUUUUGUUGUUGUUAUUCUGACUCUCACUGUUCAAAUAAACCUACCAUUAAAAUUAUAGACUGAUAAUUUCUUUGUCAGUGGGCAAACGUACAAAAUCAGCAGGGGAUCAAAUACUUUUUUCCCUCACUGUACGUUGUAAACAUAGGCUAGGUUGUAGCAACCUCAUGAUGGGGUAUAGGAACAAUUCUAGUAUCAUGUAUUAGCCUAAACCUAUCGAUAUUACAUUGAGCUGGGUGAAUGGAAUAUGAAUGACAGUCAUCCAAUAUGCUGUAAUAGAAAUAAGGCCAAGCUCAUUCAAGUAAUAAUCGUCUGCCCUUAUCUUAAAAAGGCACCGACCGCCACUGGUAUGUACAUAUUAAAACACACAGUACUGUUUGUUAUCUAUUGUUGGAUGCCAGAAGGGAUAUCUCCAUGGUGACCGUUCUACUAUACCUUCCAUUACUAUACCUUCUACUACUACAAUACUUUUUUUCCCCCAAUGUAUCUCCAUGGUGACCGUUCUAUUCUAUAUGUCUUCCCCUAGCUGGUCAAGCAGUGGAUGCCAUCCAUGUGACCCAGUUGGAGAGGGACACAGUGCUAGUGUGCCUGGACAGUAAGUAUGACCUCUGACCCCACAGAGAUGAUGACUUCCUGACCUGCACUCAGUAUUGCGUUCCAAAUGGCACCCUAUUCCCUAAGUAGUGCACUACUUUCGACCAGGGCCAAUAGGUUUCUGGUCACCAUAUGGCUCUGGUCAAACGUAGUGCACUGCCCACUCGGUCUAGCUGUAAUCCUGCACUGCCGUUAAUCGUUUUCCCCCCGCUCGUGUGAACGUCUGCUUUUAUCCGGCCGCCGUUCUAAAGGGUUCUCUUCCUAUUUUCUUCUAGAAAAUCUCAAGAUCGUGAACCUCCAGGGAAGACUGAAGUCCAACAAGAAGCUAGCGUCAGAACUCAGCUUUGACUUCACCAUUGGAUCCGUUGGUAAGAUGAGCUCUUUAAUAUUAUUCACCUUACUACUGUACAUCCUUCAGUGUUAUGAUGUGGAUAGUAACAGUGUUAUGAUGUGGAUAGUAACAGUGUUAUGAUGUGGAUAGUAACAGUGUUAUGACGUGGAUAGUAACAGUGUUAUGAUGUGGAUAGUAACAGUGUUAUGAUGUGGAUAGUAACAGUGUUAUGAUGUGGAUAGUAACAGUGUUAUGACGUGGAUAGUAACAGUGUUAUGAUGUGGAUAGUAACAGUGUUAUGAUGUGGAUAGUAACAGUGUUAUGAUGUGGAUAGUAACAGUGUUAUGAUGUGGAUAGUAACAGUGUUAUGAUGUGGAUAGUAACAGUGUUAUGAUGUGGAUAGUAACAGUGUUAUGAUGUGGAUAGUAACAGUGUUAUGAUGUGGAUAGUAAACAGUGUUAUGAUGUGGAUAGUAACAGUGUUAUGAUGUGGAUAGUAACAGUUUUGAGUGGAUGUAACAGUGUUAUGAUGUGGAUAGUAACAGUGUUAUGAUGUGGAUAGUAACAGUGUUAUGAUGUGGAUAGUAACAGUGUUAUGACGUGUAUCGUAACAGUGUUAUGACGUGGAUAGUAACAGUGUUAUGACGUGUAUCGUAACAGUGUUAUGAUGUGUAUCGUAACAGUGUUAUGAUGUGUAUCGUAACAGUGUUAUGAUGUGUAUCGUAACAGUGUUAUGAUGUGUAUCGUAACAGUGUUAUGAUGUGUAUCGUAACAGUGUUAUGAUGUGGAUAGUAACAGUGUUAUGAUGUGGAUAGUAACAGUGUUAUGAUGUGUAUCGUAACAGUGUUAUGAUGUGUAUCGUAACAGUGUUAUGAUGUGGAUAGUAACAGUGUUAUGAUGUGAUCGUAACAGUGUUAUGAUGUGGAUCGUAACAGUGUUGUGUAUAGUAACAGUGUUAUGAUGUGUAUCGUAACAGUGUUAUGAUGUGUAUCGUAACAGUGUUGUGGAUAGUAACAGUGUUAUGAUGUGGAUAGUAACAGUGUUGUGUAUCGUAACAGUGUUAUGAUGUGUAUCGUAAGUGUUAUGAUGUGUAUAGUAACAGUGUUAUGAUGUGGAUAGUAACAGUGUUAAUGUUGUGUGAUAGUAACAGUGUUAUGAUGUGGAUGUAACAGUGUUAUGAUGUGGAUAGUAACAGUGUUAUGAUGUGUAUCGUAACAGUGUUAUGAUGUGUAUCGUAACAGUGUUAUGAUGUGUAUCGUAACAGUGUUAUGAUGUGUAUAGUAACAGUGUUAUGAUGUGGAUAGUAACAGUGUUAUGAUGUAUAUAGCAGUGUUCCCCAACUGGUUUUAUUUGGCCCCCCCAAUGUAUUUAUUUUGUGGAAUUUUUAUUGUUGGACGUAGAAGACUGUAAAAAUACCAGCAAAUCAGCUCCAAGUGAUUUUAAUUUAAGAAAUCUGUUCCCAAGUAUUCCCACGCGCAUAAUAGAGAGACACUUGAUCGUAUACAAAUGUAAGCUAGGUUUGAAAUGAUUGUUUUUGUCAAACAUUGUCUGUUUCGGCUUCUUGCGAUCAAUUUGCGGUCAACAAAUUAUUUUGUAAUCAUGUUCCGGCCCUCUGACCAUCCACUCCAGAACAAAAUCGGCCCGUGGCUGAAUCUAGUUGAUGAUCCCUGGUGUAUAGUAACAGUGUAGUAACGUGUAUGAUAUCUGCUUUAUUGAGGAAAGGUUUACGUGUAAUGACUGAUGUGGUUGUUUUACCUACCUAGUUGAAUGCACUGACGGAUGCUCUUGAUAAGAGUGCCUGCUAAAUGAUCAAAAUGUAAUGUAAAAAAAAAAAAAAAUGCUGAUAUCCUUCCUGUUUUCACUGACGUCCCUGAACCCUUCUCUCCUUCCUGUUUUCACUGACGUCCCUGAACCCUUCUCUCCUCCUGCUCCAGUGUGCCUACAGGACAGUGUUCUGGCCUUCUGGAGGCACGGCAUGCAGGGAAAGAGCUUCAAGUCCAACGAGGUAGGUGUUACUAUAGUAACAAAACCAUUCAGUCACGUCGGUAACCAUACAACCAGACUCUAAACCUGUUUGCAAUAUGUUGACCACGCUAAAUGUAAAUAUGAUUAUGGCAUAGUGGAGGAAGGCUAGACAAUACAGUUAAAGGUGCUACACAGGAUAUUUUUUUUUUUUUUUUUUGCAUUGUAAUUUCAGAAAAUGUCGAUAAUAUAUUUGCAGUAAAAGUGGCUAAUAGGCUAGCGUAUCUACUUAUGUAGCAAGCUAAAAACACGGAGCCUAACGUUAGCUAGCUAGCUAGCUGCUAGGAGGAUGUCAUGUCAUGUCAUUGGAGGAGUGGGUGAGUGACUGACUUUUUUCCCCUCAUAUCGUUUUUCGGUGGCUAUACACAGCUAGAGAUGCAGGUGUCAUUUGGUUAGCUAGCAAGAACUUGAACGACUGUUAUCAAGUUAGCAUAUCUCUUGAGUUCGCAAAUUCACUCUGGCUAUCUACUCCGAUUUCAGAGCACUCUCAUCUGAGUGUGCCAGAGUGCAGAAUAACUGAUGAAUUUACGAACGCCCAACACCCGCUGAAUAUGAUCGGUGUCAGUAAACGUAGGCAAGAAAAGUAAUAGUUAGCCAAGAACACUCUAGAAAACAUGUAAACAGCCUAACCAGCUCAGUUAGGGCAAGUAAAAUGGUGAGGUGUUCUCUCAUUUGUGUCUGGAAGUAGCUAGCUAGCAAGCUAGCCAACUUCAGCCAGUUAGCUUUGGUGCUUGGUUGGGCCAAGCAUGCAACAUUGGCAGGCAAGCUGCAGAAUGACUAGUAGGCUACAAUUCCCCAUCGUUUAUCAGUGCAAUUUUGAUAGCCAACUAGCUGAAAAAGUUUGAGAGGGUUUAUCUAAUGUUCCUUGGUUUGAUUUUAGCUCAUCUUGCUCUGGCUAGCAUUAGUUGUUGAUAUUGUUGUUGUUGAUGUGCAUAACUGAGGGAGAGAGAGCCUACAUUUUCAUGGUUGUUUGAUCAAUAGGACUGUAAAGUUCCCAAUUGUAAGAGGACUCCCGUGGUGUUUACAUAUUUGCAGAAAUCCAUUCAGGUUUAUUUUGUGGCUUUUUGGCGAAUUCGUUCUAAUUAUCUAAAGUUGUGCUGUUGUAACUGCCUGUAAACACAAAGUCCAGUUCAAAGUGAAUGAUGCCAGGCCUAUGUGGGAAAUGGCUUGUUUGCAUAAAGGGCUACUGUAGCUCUGAUUGGCUAUAGCGCACCGGCCUGAGUAGACUCCGGUCCUGGACAAGACAGAUGUUUUUAUUCGGUUUUAUUUACUGCAGUGUCUAUUAAUUGUCCAAACGCACGGCCGCUUUCCCACUCUAUAUUGCUAUAGAAUUUUCACAAAUGCCUUAGUAUACGAAAUUCCCAAACAUUCAAAAAAAAUUAUGAAAAUGUGAAAAUGACCAUAUCUAAGUGCUCGCUUGUCAGGACAUGUUUUUAAAAAGUGUCAUAUUCUUCAUGGGGGUGUAUAUUAACAGAUUCUAAUAAGAUUUCUUGUUGCUAAAAUGCUGUCAGUUCCACUUUAAAUCUACAUAGGAGGGGGAAUUUAACCACCGGUCAAAUGUAGUCCAGGUUGACCUCAUGAUCAGUUCCUUUCCCAGACUGAGGAACUAGCAUGUGGUUAGCUACAACCUAGGUGUUGGCUGUCUCUAUGGUAGUGUGGUAGUGUCUAUUACUCCAGUCUCUAUGGUAGUGUGGUGGUGUGGUAGUGUCUAUACUCCAGUCUCUAUGGUAGUGUGAGUGUGUAGUGUCUAUACUCCAGUCUCUAUGGUAGUGUGGUAGUGUCUAUACUCCAGUCUCUUAUGACUAGUUGUGGUAGUGUCUAUACUCCGGUCUCUAUGGUAGUGUGGUAGUGUAUAUACUCCAGUCUCUAUGGUAGUGUCUAUACUCCAGUCUCUAUGAUAGUGUGGUAGUGUAUAUACUCCAGUCUCUAUGGUAGUGUGGUAGUGUCUAUACUCCAGUCUCUAUGGUAGUGUGGUAGUGUCUAUACUCCAGUCUCUAUGUAGUGUGUAGUGUUAUCCGUCCUAGGUGUAUGUAUACUCCAGUCUCUAUGGUAGUGUGUAGUGUCUAUACUCCAGUCUCUAUGGUAGUGUGGUAGUGUCUAUACUCCAGUCUCUAUGGUAGUGUGGUAGUGUCUAUACUCCGGUCUCUAUGGUAGUGUGGUAGUGUCUAUACUCCGGUCUCUAUGGUAGUGUGGUAGUGUAUAUACUCCAGUCUCUAUGGUAGUGUGGUAGUGUCUAUACUCCAGUCUCUAUGGUAGUGUGGUAGUGUCUUAUACUCCGUCUCUAUGGUAGUGUGGGUAGUGUCUAUACUCCGUCUCUAUGGUAGUGUGGUAGUGUAUAUACUCCAGUCUCUAGUGGUAGUGUAUACUCCAGUCUCUAUGGUAGUGUGGUAGUGUCUAUACUCCAGUCUCUAUGGUAGUGUCUAUCUCCAGUCUCUAUGGUAGUGUGGUAGUGUCUAUACUCCAGUCUCUAUGGUAGUGUGUAGUGUCUAUACUCCGGUCUCUAUGGUAGGUGGUAGUGUCUAUACUCCAGUCUCUUGGAGUGGUAGUGUCUAUACUCCGUCUCUAUGGUAGUGUGUCUAUACUCCAGUCUCUAUGGUAGUGUGGUAGUGUCUAUACUCCAGUCUCUAUGUAGUGUGGUAGUGUAUAUACUCAUCGAGUCUCUCUAUGGUAGUGUGGUAGUGUCUAUACUCCGUCUCUAUGGUAGUGUGGUAGUGUCUAUACUCCAGUCUCUAUGGUAGUGUGUAGUGUCUAUACUCCGUCUCUAUGGUAGUGUGGUAGUGUCUAUACUCCAGUCUCUAUGGUAGGUGUGGUGUCUAUACUCCAGUCUCUAUGGUAGUGUGGUAGUGUCUAUACUCCGUCUCUAUGGUAGUGUGGUAGUGUCUAUACUCCAGUCUCUAUGGUAGUGUGGUAGUGUCUAUACUCCAGUCUCUAUGGUAGUGUGGUAGUGUCUAUACUCCGGUCUCUAUUUUGGUAGUGUCUAUACUCCGUCUCUAUGGUAGUGUGGUAGUGUCUAUACUCCGUCUCUAUGGUAGUGUGGUAGUGUCUAUACUCCGGUCUCUAUGGUAGUGUGGUAGUGUCUAUACUCCAGUCUCUAUGGUAGUGUCUAUACUCCAGUCUCUAUGGUAGUGUGGUAGUGUCUAUACUCCAGUCUCUAUGGUAGUGUGGUAGUGUCUAUACUCCGGUCUCUAUGGUAGUGUGUAGUGUCUAUACUCCAGUCUCUAUGGUAGUGUGUAGUGUCUAUACUCCGUCUCUAUGGUAGUGUGGUAGUGUCUAUACUCCGGUCUUAUGGUAGUGUGGUAGUGUCUAUACUCCAGUCUCUAUGGUAGUGUGGUAGUGUCCUAUACUCCAGUCUCUAUGGUAGUGUGGUAGUGUCUAUACUCCAGUCUCUAUGGUAGUGUGGUAGUGUCUAUACUCCGUCUCUAUGGUAGUGUGGUAGUGUCUAUACUCCAGUCUCUAUGGUAGUGUGGUAGUGUCUAUACUCCAGUCUCUAUGGUAUGUGUUGGUAGUGUCUAUACUCCAGUCUCUAUGGUAGUGUGGUAGUGUCUAUACUCCAGUCUCUAUGGUAGUGUGGUAGUGUCUAUACUCCAGUCUCUAUGGUAGUGUGGUAGUGUCUAUACUCCAGUCUCUAUGGUAGUGUGGUAGUGUCUAUACUCCAGUCUCUAUGGUAGUGUGGUAGUGUCUAUACUCCAGUCUCUAUGGUAGUGUGGUAGUGUCUAUACUCCAGUCUCUAUGGUAUGUGUGGUAGUGUCUAUACUCCAGUCUCUAUGGUAGUGUGGUAGUGUCUAUACUCCAGUCUCUAUGGUAGUGUGGUAGUGUCUAUACUCCAGUCUCUAUGGUAGUGUGGUAGUGUCUAUACUCCAGUCUCUAUGGUAGUGUGGUAGUGUCUAUACUCCAGUCUCUAUGGUAGUGUGGUAGUGUCUAUACUCCAGUCUCUAUGGUAGUGUGGUAGUGUCUAUACUCCAGUCUCUAUGGUAGUGUGGUAGUAGUGUCUAUACUCCAGUCUCUAUGGUAGUGUGGUAGUGUUCUAUACUACCCAGUCUCUAUGGUAGUGUGGUAGUGUCUAUACUCCAGUCUCUAUGGUAGUGUCUAUACUCCAGUCUCUAUGUAGUAUGGUAGUGUCUAUACUCCAGUCUCUAUGGUAGUGUGGUAGUGUCUAUACUCCAGUCUCUAUGGUAGUGUGGUAGUGUCUAUACUCCAGUCUCUAUGGUAGUGUGGUAGUGUCUAUACUCCAGUCUCUAUGGUAGUGUGGUAGUGUCUAUACUCCAGUCUCUAUGGUAGUGUGGUAGUGUCUAUACUCCGGUCUCUAUGGAUAGGUUGGAUUGUGAUCCAUAUGAGGCUACCAGUCUCUAUGGUAGUGUGGUAGUGUCAUACUCCAGUCCUAUGGUAGUGUGGUAGUGUCUAACUCCAGUCUUAUGGUAGUGUGGUAGUGUCUAUACUCCAGUCUCAUGGUAGUGUGGUAGUUCCCUAAUACUCCAGUCUCUAUGUGUGAUACUCCAGUCUCUAUGGAGUGGAAAGUGCUUACUCCAGUCCUAUGAUGUGGAUGUCAACCCAGUCUCUAUGGAGUGUGUAGUGCAUACUCCGUUCUUGUAGUGGGUGUGUCUAUACUCAGUCUCAUGUAUGUGGUGUUCUACCGCCAUUGUUCUCCUAUUAUGGUAGUCUAUUCCAGCCAUGGUAUGCAGUGUCUAUCCCAGCUCAGAUGUGAUGUCUAUACUCGGUCUCUAUGGUAUGGUAGUCAUACUCCAGUCUCUAUGGUAUGGUAUGUCUAUACUCCAGUCCUUGGUAGUAGCAUACCAGCUCAUGGUAGUGGGAGGUCUAUACUCAGUUCAUGGUAGGUGGUAUGCUAACCCAGUUCCUAUGGUAGUGUGGAGUGUCUAUAUCCGACCAUGGUAGGUCUACCGGGUAGUUCAUCUCCAGUCCUUGAUGAUAGUAUACCAGCCUAUUUAGUGUGGCAGUGUAUAUAUCCGGAUCUCAGGAUAGUGCAUGAUGUAUACCCACUCAUUAUGGGAAUCAAGCUGGGAGUCAAUCAGUCCAAGCGAGUGUGUAUGUUAUACGCCAGUCUCUUGGAUGUGGGUAGUGCUCACCGUCCAUGAUUGAUAACAUCUAGCCACAUGGGCUAGUGUCAUACCCACCCUAUGUUAGCAUACCCAUCUUAAAUGUAGUGGAGUCUAUACUCAGCUCUAUGGUAGUCGUUACCCAUCUAUAUGAGCAACAGUCCAUGGCGUGUCGCUGACUGUCCAGGAUAUUCAACGUCAAUGUAUAAGCGGGUAUAAGCACUUAUGCUUGAGGAUACAGGCAUGAUUAGUAACACUUUCUCACCCGCAAGUCACUAAUACCAGACCAACAGCAACACUACAACACCCUUCUGCCUUGCAAUCACGUGGCGUGAGGUUGUUGGACUGUCUAGUAAAAUGUUUUACCGGCCACUGAAAUGUUUUACCAGCCACUGAAAUGUUUUACCAGCCACAUUUUUCUCCUAAAUAAAUAAUGAAGAUCAAUCACAGAAAAUGCAUGCACAUGUUAAACAGCCAAUCAUUUUGAAUCAAAACUUGCGUGGAUGUCCAAUCAGAGAAGCGCAAAUGUGUAUAUAUAAAAAACUGCUCAGGAAUGCUCUGUGAGUGUGGCUGGUAAGAAUAGACAUUCAACCAGCCAAUGCCAAAAUCUACCAGCAUGUGGCUGGUGUUCAUUCCCCACCCCGAACACUGUGUUAGACAUGACCACCUGUGACAACAGCUAGGCUGGAGUCCUUAGCCUGACAGAGACCCAACUGGUUAGGGUAACCUACCCGGGUUACCCAGGGUCCUGAUGAUGAGGAGAACAAGGCCUUUAGGUGGCCAGGGAGGUGCCCGCUGGAGCGAUCAGCCAGCAAGGCACCAUAUCAACAGAAUCACACAGGGGACAGAGAGAGGGGGAAUCAUUUAACACCCCGCUUUCUCCCUCUGUUGUGCAGCUGUUUCAUUUCUGAUUGAACAGGAGUACUGCAUGGCCGAUGACAUUUUGACAGGCUAACACAUUGUUCUCCACCCUGGCACACACAGAUACAUACACACACACACACACACACACACACACACACACACACACACACACACUGUACUGUAACGCCUUCUGUUUCAGUUCAGUCAUACACAACACAACCCAGUGUGUGUGUGUGUGUGUGUGUGUGUCUGUCUGUCAGACUGUAGCAGUGAAAAGACUGACCCGGGUGGCUAUCACUGUUCAUAAAAACAGAACACCUCACCUCACACUGAUCUCUGGACUUUUAUUGUGUGUGUGUCGCUGUGUGUGUGUGUGUGUGUGUGUGUGUGUGUGUGUGUGUGUGUGUGUGUGGUGUGUGUGUGUGUGUGUGUGUGUGGUGCGCCUUGUGAUCAGGUUAUCAUGA